AUGUCGCACGCCCACGACGACCCGCUCAAAGCCCCAGUCAUGCACAUGGACCACCCAAACGGAUCUCCCACUUUGGGCGACCACCCAACCCGCCAGACGACGAGGGAUGCGCCCGGUCUUGUCCAGGUUCAGCCCCUCAGGAAGGCCGACAUGCAACAGUCCUACGCCCAGACGCUUCCCGUCAGCGACAUCGAGCAUGGCUGCUACGGCUCGAUGAUCAACUGCCUCGGUGGCUUCGCCGGAACUCUCGGUUCGAUCCCGUGCUGUAUCCUCUGCCCGAACCCCUACAAGACCGUCCGCCAAGGCCACGUCGGACUCGUCACGCGCUUCGGACAGUUCUACCGCGCUGUCGACCCCGGGUUGGUCAAGAUCAACCCGUUCUCGGAGAGGAUGAACACGGUCAACGUGCAGAUUCAGGUCGUCGAGCUGCCGAACCAGUCCGUCUUGACCAAGGACAACCUGACGGUCCAAGUCGAGGCAGUCAUCAUCUACCACAUCAUCAACCCGUACAAGGCCGCGUUUGGAGUCGCCGACGUCCGCAAGGCCCUCGUCGAGCGCGCGCAGACGACGCUCCGCGACGUCAUCGGUGGUCGUAACCUCCAGUCGCUCCUCACCGAGCGCGAGGCCGUCGCGAGCGAGAUUGAGGAGCUUGUCGAGGCGAUUACGGAGCGCUGGGGCGUCAAAGUCGAGAACAUCUUGCUCAAGGACGUCCUCAUCCCUCCCGAGCUCCAAGCCUCGCUCUCCUCCGCCGCCCAGCAGCGUCGCUUGGGCGAAGCGAAAGUCAUCGCCGCCCAAGCCGAAGUCGACUCGGCGCGUCUCAUGCGCGAGGCAGCCGACAUCCUCAGUUCGAGCGCGGCGAUCCAGAUCCGCCAGCUCGAGGCGCUGCAGAGUAUGGCCAAGACGGCGGGAUCCAAGGUCAUCUUCGUGCCGAUGAACCUCUUCGGUGGCGGACAAGGCGGAGCAGGCGACAACGGCCUCAUCAACAACACGGCAAUGAUGUCGGCCCUCGCCGGUCCUUCGCGCGAGAUCUAA